CGAGUUCUUCAAAUUCCAUAAUUUGCGGCUCAACUCCCAUGAAUUCAACGGCUUAGAUUUGAUGAAAAGGAAAGAGUAGAAAAUGUCGACGGAGGAGAGAGAGACUCAUGUUUACAUGGCUAAGCUUUCAGAACAAGCCGAGCGUUAUGAUGAAAUGGUUGAAUGUAUGAAGCAAGUGGCGAAACUAGAUGUUGAGCUGUCGGUGGACGAGAGAAACCUCCUUUCGGUUGGUUACAAGAACGUGAUUGGCGCCCGUAGAGCUUCAUGGAGGAUCAUGUCAUCGAUCGAGCAGAAGGAGGAGUCCAAGGGAAAUGAGAACAACGUGAAGCUGAUCAAGGGCUAUCGCCAGAAGGUGGAGGACGAGCUUGCCAAAAUCUGCCAAGACAUUCUCUCUGUCAUCGACAAGCAUCUCAUCCCCUCAUCUGGCUCCGGUGAAGCUACAGUUUUCUACUACAAGAUGAAAGGCGACUACUACCGUUACCUUGCUGAGUUUAAGACAGACGAGGAACGAAAAGAGACAGCUGAGCAGUCGCUUAAGGGCUAUGAGGCAGCAUCAGCCACAGCAAGUACUGAGCUCCCCUCAACUCACCCGAUCCGCCUUGGUCUAGCUUUGAACUUCUCGGUGUUCUUCUACGAGAUUAUGAAUUCCCCCGAGAGGGCCUGCCAUUUGGCGAAGCAAGCUUUUGAUGAGGCCAUCUCGGAGUUGGAUACAUUGAGCGAAGAGUCUUACAAAGACAGCACCUUGAUUAUGCAGCUGUUGCGAGACAACCUCACUCUCUGGACCUCUGAUUUGCCUGAAGAUGGAGGAGAGGAGAGCUCCAAGGGCGAGGAGGCAAAGGAAGAAAAGGCAGAGGAGUAACGGGGAGGACAGUCUCCAAGCAACGCAGGUAGAUGUCGGUUCAAGGAUGUUGUUGUCAUUGAAAGCGGCUUCCACACAGAGCAAGGCUGUUGGCAGCUUGAGAUAGUUUGCAGUGCCAAGUUAUUGUCAUCAAGAAACAAAAACAAAGAUGAGAUCUGUGGGAUUAGUCUCUGCCCGCUGUGUUUAUCACACCCCAUUAGUUUUUCGUUAUUGUAAGUUGUUAGCAGACUAAGGCUACGAUGGUUAUCUGUCGCCCUCGUCUGGAUUGUGUACCGAGGUUUUUGUUAUGAGUUUUCUGUGUAUUCGCAAACAUGGCUUCUUUUUUUCCUAUAAAAUUUAUGGCAUAUAUGUCGUACUUUUUGUA